ACCACAGAACAGCACUACUCUGCACUCCACAGCUCUGCACAGACUGCAUUCACAGAACACACAAUGUCGGUGUCCUUCGCAGACAACCUCCCGACGCCGCCGUCGCCGUCCGAAGAAAAGACAGAGCCAAAAGUGUCGGCCCCGCACCCCAACCUGCCGCUCAACGACGGCAAGUUCCACCUGCUUCUCGCGGCCUCGGGCUCGGUCGCGUCGAUCAAGAUCCCGCUGAUCGUCGAGAAACUGUACAGGAUCUACGAGCCCUCGCGGAUCUCGAUCCAGAUCGUGGUGACGAGCUCGGCCGAGCGCUUUCUGCCCGCGGCGGAUAAGCCCCUGCCGGCCGCCAUCCGGCUCUGGCGCGACUCGGACGAGUGGACGACGUGGGGCGACCGCUCGGAUCCGAUCGUGCACAUCGAGUUGAGGAGAUGGGCGCAUCUGCUGCUGAUCGCGCCGCUGUCGGCCAACACGCUCGCAAAGAUCUCCGGCGGCCUCUGCGACAACCUGCUCACGUCUGCCGUGCGCGCGUGGAACCCCGCGGUCCCGAUCCUGCUCGCGCCCGCAAUGAACACAUACAUGUACAACAACCCGAUAACAAAGCGGCAGCUGCGCCUCAUCUCUGACGAAAUGCCGUGGAUCGAGGUCCUCAAGCCUGUCGAGAAAGUGCUCGCGUGCGGCGACAUCGGCAUGGGCGGCAUGCGCGAGUGGUCGGAUAUCGUCGAGAUCGUGGUGUCGCGGUUCCCGCCGUCGAGCUUCCCGCGCAAGUCCGAGCUGCAGCCGCUCGUGGACGAGAACGGGCUGACGCACGAGAAGCAGCAUCGGAAUCAUCCGCCGACCGGGGCCGCGGGCGAGCUUACGGGACAUAUCAGGUUCGAGGACGAGCUCGAGGCCGAGAGCAAUGCCAGCGAGACUGGGAGCGAGGGCCGGCCGCAUCCGUUUAAAGAGUCACAUACGUCUGGCUAGUUCUUUUUCUUCUUCUAUUUGUGUAUUCUUGUUUUCUUGUGGGCUUAGAUAUUGCUUUCGGUGUUGAUGGGGUCUGUUAUUGUCAUAUGCGAGUUUAUAAUAUUCAAACAGU